ACACGAUAACCAGUAGAAAAAACCAUGUCCGCGCCAAUAGGCCCCUACGUCCCACUACUGAUAAUGGCAGUGGUGACUUGGAAAGUGGCCAACUCCCCGUCAACGUCUUCUACAUCUACCGCCUCUUCCACCUCCGCCUAUGGCAGGCCGAAAAACCCAUACGUGAACACUUGGGGAUCUUCGAUAUCUGAGCGCGUCUCGGCUAGGAGUAUGUCCUCUUCCUCCUCCCCUCGUUCCUACUCGCGCCGGGAAAAAAGACUAACGGACAGUGCAGACGCCAGACAUUCGAGAACCGGGAGUUCGCCGAGGAGUCUUGCGGCGAGUACGGGUGGACAUGGAUAUGGACAUGCUAGGCGGGGGUCGCGGCCCAUGCCGCUGGGUGCUGGGAGGGGCGUAAGGAUGAGUAGGGUAAUGGGCGGGGUUCCGUACGGUGCUCGGGGACCGGCGGAGGGAGGAGGCGUAGGAGGAGGAGGGAGGCGAUAGCCUUCGGAUAGGCUAUGGG